AUAAAGUGUGCGUGAAUUUGCGUGUGCGUGAAGGAUAAAAGCAAAACAAUGUAAAUCGUGGCUAGCUGGGUGACUUCAGUUGUGAUGAAAUUGGAAAACGAAAACGGCAAACGCCCAAAAGUGAGCUUUCGUGGUUAGUGAGCAAAACUCCCGACAAGAAUUCAAACCAAACAACCGAAUCAAUUCACCGCCAAAAGUGCCCACCCGUGAAAAAUUGGGAAAUAACCCGCGUUCCUAAACGCGUCUGAUAAGUUAACAGGCACACAUGGGCACACAGCAGCCCCGGUGCCAGCUGCCCCUCAACCGUGAAAGGAUACGGUGAGCCAAUUUUAUAAGCACAUCGUGCCGUCGUGCCUCCAGCAGCAGCAGCAGCAGCAGCAAACGUAAUGUGUUCCAAUGCGCUAAACCAUGGAAAUGGUGCGGGCGGAUGGGAAUGAAAAAUUAUGUCCUGCACCCCGGGGGGCGGUAACGGUGGAAACGGUGCGCGCGGUUGGGAAUGAUUGCUAGUAGGUCGAGCCUCCACGUGUGAUGCUGCUAUUUCUAUUAGUGUUGGUGUGUGAAAGUGUGUUAAAAAAAGUUGUGCACAAGUGUUAGAUUAUGCGUGUGAGAUGCUAAGAAGUGCGCUCUUCAACGUACCAAAAUAUCACCAUUCUAGAGGCAACGAGAGAUUGUAUAUAAUUAGACCGGACAAAUAUUAUCAUUUUGUUGAUCGAAAGCAACAAAACCAAACAAAGAGUGAACUAUCAAAAGUGCAUUUAACAGCAACGUAUCAGCAUCACUGCCAAGACCAAGACAAACGAGCGUCGGCAAACGUGUUAAAGUUUUCUGCUUCCAACGAUUGUCCCACGCAAUGCUGCCUGAACCAACCUCGAACCCCUACCGCUGUCCGUGUUCGGUGCGGCCAAAGACCGUCCACAUCCGGGUGAGCGGUUGCCGUGCGUGCAACACCAACCGAAACCGAGUUGCGCAAUCAAAUUAACCCACUAAACACUGACGCCACUCCCCCAACAACCCGACCGGAUGUGGGAUCGGUUCGCGGUGCACCAGAAACGACAGCCGCAAAACGGAAGCAGCAGCCCGUACAGCCUCAGUGGUGCCUCAGUGUCAAGCGUGAACGAUGCGCAAAAGCCCGAACAGCCUGUCGCCCAUUGCGAUCCUACCGAACACGCCGCCGCCGGCGCGUAUCUUCGCCCAGCCGGAAACACCCACGACACCGCUAACGGAUGGCGCCCACUCGCCGACCGAACCGAACGGGGGGCGCCCGGUGGUGGUCGAGCUGCCGACGCCGCUCGCGCGCCCGUCUUCCAUCCGCAGCGGUUCCGGGUCGGGGCCACAGCUACGCUUCAGCAGCCUGCUCGAUCCGGGCGACAUUACGCCCAUCACGUCGCCCCUGCCGAGCGUCACGUCCGGCAUGGCGGACGGGUCGAUCUACACAAUCUUCGGCGGGGAAGGCUCGAGCGUUGGGCGGCGCCGCAGCUCCCAGCUCCUGCCCAACAGUGCCAGCAAUGGUAGUGCCACCAGUGCCACACCGGCAUCGGCCGGCGCCGGUUUGCUGCCGACGACCAACGGGUCUGCCGUGAACUGUAGCAGUAUUAGCACGAGCCUCAGCCAGCCCGCCUCGGCUACCAGUGUCAGUGCCUCCCAAGCCAACAGUGCCAGCGCCAAGUCGCGCUCCCGCCGCUCGUCCGAGCUGUCGCAGCAGAACUCGAUGAAGUCGCACGCGUCCGCCGGCUCGCGCAAACGCAGCUCCCAGGCUCACAUCGAGCUGAACGGGCCGCCGGUUCGCGAUCGGCCGCGCUGUCUCAAGUCGUCGUUCUUGAGGCGCAAGUGCAAAGAGUACGCAGAUGAUGACGACGCUACAACCUCGGGCAUAACGCUGGAUGAUUCCGAUAAACGCGUGAUACGGCUGAACGAACCACAGGUUCAAAAGUACUGUAACAAUCAUAUCUCUACCGCUAAAUAUAGUGUCCUUAGUUUUCUACCUUCGUUCCUGUUCGAGCAGUUCCGGCGGUACUCGAACUGCUUCUUUCUGUUGAUCGCACUGCUGCAGCAGAUACCGGACGUGUCGCCUACUGGUCGGUACACCACGCUCGUGCCGCUGAUGUUUAUACUUGCGGUGAGCGCAAUCAAGGAAAUCGUCGAAGACAUCAAGCGGCACCGGGCGGACGAUGAGAUCAACCACCGCCUGAUCGAGGUACUGCAGAAUGGCCAGUGGCACACGAUCAAGUGGCAGGAGCUGUCGGUCGGCGACAUCGUCAAGGUACUCAACAACACCUUCUUCCCGGCCGACCUGGUGCUGCUGUCCUCCAGCGAGCCGCAGGGCAUGUCCUUCAUCGAGACGUCCAACCUAGACGGCGAGACGAACCUGAAGAUCCGGCAGGGCGUACCGACCACCAGCCGGAUCCUGGAGACGAAGGACUUUAGCCAGUUUCGCGGGACGCUCGAGAGCGAACCACCGAACCGGCAUCUGUACGAGUUCAAUGGCGUGCUGAAGGAGCAUGACAAACAAGCGGUUGGCCUCGGACCGGAUCAGCUGUUACUGCGAGGUGCCAUGCUACGUAACACCGCCUGGAUAUUCGGCAUCGUUAUCUACACCGGUCACGAUACGAAACUUAUGCGAAACUCUACCUCAGCGCCGUUGAAGCGCUCAACCGUUGACAGACUGACAAACACGCAAAUUCUAAUGUUAUUUAUCAUUCUGAUCAUUCUGUGUAUCGUGAGUUGCAUUUUCAACCAACUUUGGACGAAAAGACAUUUUCAAACGGACUGGUACUUAGGCAUCGGCAAUCUUUUGAACAAAAACUUCGCCUACAAUCUGCUUACGUUUAUUAUUCUGUACAACAAUUUGAUUCCCAUAUCGCUGCAAGUUACGUUAGAGCUGGUACGGUUUCUACAGGCAAUCUUCAUCAACAUGGACAUCGAUAUGUACCACGCGGAAUCGGACACACCGGCAAUGGCGCGCACCUCCAACCUGAACGAAGAGCUCGGCAUGGUGAAGUACGUGUUCUCGGACAAAACUGGCACGCUGACGCGGAACGUGAUGGAGUUUAAGAAGUGCAGUGUGGCGGGCUCGAUAUACUCGAUCGAGGACACGCCGGCCCAGUCGCGAUUGGUACAGAACAUCCUCAACAACCAUCGCACGGCGCCUACAUUGCGCGAAUUUCUCACGCUGAUGGCGAUCUGCCACACGGUCAUCCCGGAGAAGCAGCCGGGCGACAGCAUGAACGAUAUCCAGUAUCACGCCGCCAGCCCGGACGAGCGGGCCCUGGUGUACGGGGCGAAGAAGUUCGGCUACGUGUUUUACACCCGCACGCCAACGUACGUCGAGAUCGAGGCGCUCGGCGUGCAGGAACGGUUCGAGAUACUUAACGUGCUGGAGUUCACCUCCACCCGCAAGCGCAUGUCGGUGAUCGCGCGCAACUCGAAGAGCGAAAUCAAGCUGUACUGCAAGGGUGCGGAUACGGUCAUCUACGAGCGGCUCGCACCGGAGGGUGUCGCGUACCGCGAGUCCACCCUGAGCCACCUGGAGGAGUUCGCGACGGAGGGGCUGCGCACGCUCUGCUGCGCCGUGUCCGACAUCCCGGACGAUGUGUACGAAGACUGGAAGCAUACGUACCACAAAGCGUCCACCUCGCUGCAGUACCGCGAGCAGAAGGUGGAAGAUGCGGCCAACCUGAUCGAAACGAACCUGCGCCUGCUCGGUGCGACGGCGAUCGAGGAUAAGCUGCAGGACGGUGUGCCCGAAACGAUAGCGUCGCUGCUGGAAGCGAAGAUCAACGUGUGGGUGCUUACCGGCGACAAGCAGGAGACGGCCAUCAACAUCGGCUACUCCUGCCAGCUGCUGUCCCAUUCGAUGGAUUUGAUUUUAUUGAAUCAGGAUUGUUUGGAUAACACGCGCAGCUGCAUACUGGAGCACACCUCCAAUGGGCGGUUUGAUAAUGUGGGCCGCAAGGAUGCCGCACUGAUCGUGGACGGCAAAACGCUUAAGUACGCGCUCAGCUGCGAUUUGCGGCGCGAAUUUCUGGACCUGUGCAUCUCGUGCAAGGUCGUGAUCUGUUGCCGCGUGUCGCCAAUCCAGAAGGCGGAAAUGGUGGACCUGGUGACGAUCAGCACAAAAUCGGUCACGUUAGCGAUCGGGGACGGUGCGAACGAUGUCGCCAUGAUACAGAAGGCGAACGUGGGCGUCGGCAUCUCCGGUGUGGAAGGUUUGCAGGCGGCCUGCGCGUCCGACUAUUCAAUUGCGCAGUUCAGCUACCUGCGAAAGCUGCUGCUGGUGCAUGGGGCCUGGAACUACAGCCGUAUGUGCAAGCUGAUCCUGUACAGCUUCUACAAAAACAUCUGCCUAUACGUGAUAGAGCUUUGGUUCGCGAUUUAUUCUGGAUGGUCCGGUCAAAUAUUGUUCGAACGAUGGACAAUCGGUUUAUACAACGUGUUUUUUACUGCGCUACCACCCUUCGCUAUGGGACUGUUCGAUAAAGUGACAUCGGCGGAACAGAUGCUAAAAGAACCAAGACUUUACGCGCCGUCGCAAAAUGCCAAACUGUUUAACGUCAAAGUGUUUUGGCGCUGUAUCAUUAACGCGCUGUUCCAUUCGAUGAUACUGUUUUGGUUGUCGUACAAGAUCUACGAAAAGGAUGUCAUCUGGAAGAACGGACGCGAUGGUGGAUAUUUAGUGUUAGGCAACAUAGUUUACACGUACGUAGUCGUGACGGUGUGCUUGAAGGCGGGUCUUCUUACCAACUCGUGGACCUGGUUGACCCAUUGUUCUAUUUGGGGCUCGAUACUGCUAUGGUUUAUAUUUAUAUUCAUUUACAGCAACAUUUGGCCAGCAUUACCGGUGGGUGCGGUUUUCACGGGCAUGGACGAUAUGGUCUUUACGACGCCUGUGUUCUGGGCUGGACUACUGUUAAUUCCACUAUCCGCACUGCUUUUCGACGUGUCUUGGAACGCGUACAGAAACUCUAGAAAGGAUAAUAUACUAACACCACCACUGAAGGAAUCCAGAUCUUCACGGGUACGCCUUCUCCCAGGAGGAAGGUGGUUCGGUGACGCAAACGGACGUCAUCCGGGCGUACGACACGAACCUGCCAAAGCCGGACGGCAACUGAGCGUGUCGCGGAUGCGCGUACUGCUACGACAGCUACUUUACCGUCUGCUGAGAAGGCGCUACUUCCGGUCGCUGCCGCAACCCACCGCGUACCAUCGGUUCCGGUGCCGCCGGCCGGGCCAGCAGCGCUCAUCGUUCGUCGCUGUAUCGGUGUAACCGGUAUUCGAGGUGAUGUGUAUAGUAUAAAGGAUAGUGUGAGUGAGUGUGUAUUCCGUUUAUUUUCCCCAUUUUUGGCCAAAUUACUGUUUCCCAUUUCCGCACUUCCCGUCUCACGGGCAGGAAAAUGGGGAACGACGUUCAAAGGAGGGAUAUAAAAUAUUCAAACAAACAAAAAAUGAAGAAAACAAAAAAUCAGGCAACACACUAUUUACAAACACGAUGUUAUGCAAACUAUAACAGCCAACAAAACACAAAAAAGGGAAUAAGUAAUAGAGACAUGGUUCAGCCCUCUUAUUAGAAAGCAAAAACAAAAACAAAAGUUAUAUUUUUCACUGUCGCAACGACACGCAACAAUUGACAUAAUAUAGAUGGAUGGUGUACAAUAUGUAUGUGAGUGUUUGUGUGUAUAAUGAUUGUGUUAUAUAUGUGUGUGUGUGUGUUUGUAAUGUUAAAGUACGACAGCAACCAUAUUUGUGAGCACACACAUCCACACACAUCCGCAUAGUGCUAAUGGCAGAUAACGAAAAGAAUUAAAACAUAAACGAAUGGCCACUAUUCGUUAGCUUUAAGACACAGGGUACAUCUAGUAUAUACUUAUAAAUGGUUAGACUUUAGCAGACUUAAGCCGCGCCUGGAAACGGAAAGCCCUGGUGUGCUGUCCCGUUGCGGUAGAGAAAGGUAACGGAUUAUCAACUAUAAAUUAUCACACUUUUUACCCCUUUUACUACAUUUGCUUUGUGAUGUACUAAAUUCUUUUUCCCUAUAUUUUUAAUUGUUGUUGUUUCUUCUGUUUGUAUUGUUUUACAAAGUUUGCAUUUUUUUCGUUCUUAUUUCUUCAGACUUAUUUUUGAUUGACUUUUAUUCUAUCCCAGUCACAUAUUGUUUGAUUAGCUCAUCUUAACUAUCGAUGUUAAAAUAAUGAAAAAAUAACAUUAGCAUUGAGCAACCAAUUCGUCAAGAUAGAGCUGAAACAAAAAAAAACAUGUUUAUAAUAAAACGCACAUACAUCUGAAAGCUAUCAGCUGUUUCGUUCACCUCAAUCCCUUUGAAACGAACAACAUUUACUAAGUACCAGUGAAUUAGUACUUCAUGAAAUUUUGACAAUUGCAUCGACCGUUCGCGAUGCGAUCGAAGCUGUCAGUUGUCUUGAAAUGGCGUCGCUUACUUUGUCAUGUCAUGAGAACAUGUGCUCUAAUGACCGUAUACUUAGUGCUUGUUUUAAGUGCCACACAAGUGUAACAACAGCUUGAACCUAACCCAAGGUAUAACAUCGAAUGAAAUAAGGAGCGCUGGUAUGAAAUUUUGCAAAAAGGGCUACUAUUUUUCUAUUACACAUUUCCCUAUAACCAACAACAAUAGCAUUUGGAUUUUUUUAACAACCAUUUUAACAGAAAGUUAUUAUCAUAAAACCCACCUUUUCAACAUAAGAACAUAUCAGAUAGCUUGAUUUAAUUUGAAUGUUUGAACUAUUUCACAAAUCUGUUGCUAGUUUUUUUUUGUUUAUUUCAAUUGCAAGUUUAAAUUGAUUCGAGCACAAUAUUAAACAACAGACAUACUCUUGAAAUGACGCUUUUUGAAAAAAAAAAACAUGAAUAAUGGUAAAGAUGUGGAAAAUUUUUGCAAGGAUUUGAAUGUAAUAACUUUGUAACCAAACUUCAGUGUCUUUUUUUCACGUGUUGUGAGCGCGACGAAUAAGAGCGCAAAUGGCGACGAAUAAGAGUAAGGAAAUGGAAGAACAAAACCGCUAGCAUAUAAGCAAACGAUAGUAUUACUGUACUUUAUUUAUGUAUAACAUUUCCCUCUAUCUCUCUCUUUCUCUUGCUCUAUUUUUAUCUUGAAAACUCUAAAACUAACUGAAAGACAAAUCGAUCCAGACGUGCCCAAAGGCAAGAUAGUCCGCGGUAGUAGUACAUUUUUGGCUAGCAAAUCGAUUAAUGGAAACAACAAAAUGGGUUUUGGCUAACAAAAUAAUGGAUGAUGGAAUUAACGAAAAAAGCGUUUAAAUGAUUCCAACCACUAACAACCAAAACGCUAACAUGGUAUUGUCAUAUUUUUUAAAUCUGCAAGUAAAAGUUAACAAAAACCGUUACAAAACAAAUUACAGUUUAUAUAUGAUAUUGAAUUUAAUCUAGUGCAGUGUUCUAGUGUGGCAAAUGGCGUGAAGUGAUGAACAAAAAUCAGUAGCAGGCAGAGAAGUAAGCAACCAAACCACUCCCUAUCUACAGCAAUGUGCACCUCUCUCAACUUAUCCAUAGGAUCAUAGAAUUGAUUACAAUUUCUUUUCAACCACUACAAAAGACGAUAGCUCUCAAACAAACAACAAUAGUGUCGCGAUAAAACUAGUGAGUGGCCGAUUGAUCGGCACAAGCUUCUAGUAACUUCAAACCUAACUAGAUAACAACUAAAGUAAAUAUUUCCGGAGCUUGUAACUGUGGCAAAGAGAACUGGCCCUCAGCUACCACUACAAAACUUAACUACCAAAGAGACCAAAGAAAGGGUGACGCUGCAUCUUUGAUGUGUCGGCUGAAGUGUCGAACCUAUUCUCUAACUUUGUGGCCGAGUAACGAGUGUUUGCAGAAAUAAAGGAAAAACAAUCACGAAUUAUACUUAAUUUUA